AUGUCCAAUCAAAUCAACACCAUCAAUCCUGCCACCCAUGAGGUGAUCUACAGCCACCAAGGCACCUCUCUGGCCGAAGCAACGAAAAUCGCAGCCGCCUCUAAGGAAGCUUUCGAAUCAUACCGAUCCUUGACCCUCGAUUCCAAGAAGCAGAUUAUUAUUCGAGCCUUAGACAUUAUUUCCGCUCGAAUUGAUGAGCUGGCCAAGGAAAUCACCCUGCAAAUGGGACGACCCAUCCGGUACUGCGCUGGCGAAAUCAAGACCGCACGCCUUCGCGCCGAGCACCUGAUCGAUAUCGCCGAAGAGAGCUUGAAUGACCUGCCGGGUAAACCAGAGGAAAACUUUAAGAGGAUGGUGAAGCGUGUCCCAGUUGGACCCAUCUUGAUUGCGGGAGCUUGGAACUACCCAUACCUCACUACUGUGAAUGCCUUGGUCCCAGCACUACUGGCUGGCAACAGUGUUAUUUUACGUCCUUCACCCCAGGUUCCCUUAUUCGGUGACCGCCUUUUGGAGAUCUUCACCGAGGCAGGUCUGCCUCCAAACGUUUUGCAGGUUGUGCAUAUUGGAAGUCUGGAUGUCCUGGACGAAGUUGCUCAACUUCCUGAAAUUCAAUCUAUUUCAUUCACAGGCUCUACACUUGGUGGACUCAGACUACGAAAAGCUACCGCACAUCAGAUCAAGUCUGUAAAUCUGGAACUCGGUGGCAAGGAUCCGGCAUACGUACGCCCCGAUGUUGACGUGAAGGAUGUAGCUGAGAAUCUCGUUGAUGGUGCCGUAUUCAACUCCGGACAGAGCUGCUGCUCCGUUGAACGUGUAUAUGUUCAUGAGAAGAUUUACGACCAAUUUGUGCAAGCUGUACAAGAGGAACUUAAGUCAUACAAGCUUGGUGAUCCACUCGAUGAGACUACAACUACUGGGCCGGUCAUUUCAGCUGCCGCAAAGAAGAAUAUUCAGUCACAUAUCGAUGACGCCUUAGCUAAGGGUGCCAUUGAUAUCACUCCUGAAAACGCCACCUUUGCUUCAGCUAAAAACACUGAAACGGGCAACUGGCUUGCUCCAGUCGUUCUGGCUAACGUGGACCAUUCUAUGGUGACUAUGAAGGAAGAGACUUUUGGGCCUGUGAUGCCAAUCAUGAAGGUGUCCAGUGAUGAUGAGGCUGUCUCAUUGAUGAAUGAUAGUACCUACGGGCUGACUGCUAGUGUGUGGACAAAGGAUAUCGCCUCAGGUGAGAGUUUGAUUGAUAAGAUCGAAGCUGGCACCGUCUUUAUCAAUCGCUGUGACUAUCCAGCUCCGGAUCUCGCGUGGACCGGUUGGAAGGCAUCGGGACUUGGAUGCACACUUGGACCCAGAGCCUACGAAGGAUUCACAAAGCUGAAGAGCUACCACAUCAAAGGUGUAUCGGCUUAA